AUGGAUUUGCUUUCAAGCAUCCGUAAAUCCGGCUCGAGAGGUGGUGUUAACUUUAGCUGGGACGAAGUCGCAAACUCUUCUCAUCGCGAGAAUUAUCUUGGCCAUAGUCUAAAGGCACCUGUUGGACGAUGGCAAAAGGGCCGCGACUUAAACUGGUACGCCAAAGCUGAAGAUGGGUCCGGAGAACCCGACGAAAAUGGCGAAACAGAAGAGGACCGCCGUGAGAAGGCACGAAAGGAAGAACUGCGCAAGAUCAAGGAAGCUGAAGAGGAUGCCAUCGCAGCAGCUUUAGGCUUGCCACCGCCUGUGCGAGACUCUUCGGGUGCAAAUGCAAUGGAAAUCGAUCCUAGCAAACGAAAGGUCGGACCAGCGAGCGGACCUCCUAAGGAAGAGGCUGGAAACGAAAAGCGAGAGCGCUCGAAACGUCAAGAUGGUUCCGAAAGACGGGAGAGAAGGCGAUACCGCAGUCGAAGCCAUGAUCGCGAACGCCGCCAUCGUAGGCAUAGGAGGAGUCGAAGUCGUGAUAGAGACGUUGGGAAGGACAGAGAGGAAGACCGAACCCGAGAGAGACGCCGAAAUAGGGAUGGAGAUCAAGAAAGGGAGCACGGUCACAGACGCCAUCGCGAUGGCCACCGAAGAGAAGACCGAGAAGGGGGUGACAGACGACACAGAGAUGGAAGCAGGGAGCGUCACCGCUCGAGAUCGCGAGACCGACGUAGACAUAGCGGUAGUCCUAGGCCUCGUCGCCGAGACUAA